AUGUUAUCCGGUGAAAACCCUAAGAGGAGAGAGAGACCGGCCCCAAUCCAUAUGCCUGAGCUCCCUAAACCGGGCCCCUAUAGGCUUCCAGGAUACGGCCUACCAGUCAACUUCGAACCCCAACCAAGCCAUAAAGUUCAUCGCUCUCUUGGCCCUCCAACGUACCAAUAUCAAGAGGUUCACUAUCCUCAACAAGGAGACGGAGACACUUUGUUUAGGAAUGCCCUUCGAGGAGGAGAUACACUAUGCUUCCGAACUAGCACAACUCUGUUGACCUUGCGAGAGAUCACGAUGAUGCGCCUCAUGAACCAAUUGACGGACAAACCUCUGUGGGAGGAGAAGGUUUUUGAUGACAAUAUUACCGCCAAGUGGAAGGCUGAAGCCCUCGCCACACCCGAGAUCGAUAUCACGGAGCUAAUGGUCGACUACUGCAUCGUCGAGCUGCGUUGGAAAACCGAACUAUUCAAGAAGCAUGGAUUCGUCAUUGCUUUCGAAGGCGACGUCGUUAAAUCGGACUCUGCUAUCUCUCCCAAGUUGAAAGACGAGCUCAAAGCAGCCGUGAUAUCUCUGGAGAAUGUGCCGGAUAAGUACAAGGAUUGGCAUCCCGGCUCUGACGAGAAGGUCCUGGAUCUUGUUCACCCAUCGCUGUUUCCUCUCGUCUACGGAAAGACGAGGAUUUUGCCCGAUAGCACAUGUGGCCUCGACGACUGCAUCCGUAGGUGUGGCGAGGGCGUCGUUCUUCCCGCUCCCUCGAAAGAGGAGUGCGAAUUCAUCCGUGAUGACUUAUAUGGGCGGGGUCACUAUUACUCAGACCGUCAUCCCACUCCUUGGAGUCGCAAUUACCAGUGGCUUCCGUGUCAGGUGAAACUGACUGACGGUGUGGCGAAGAUCACGAGCUAUAUCAAUAAUCUGCAUCCUCAACACAACAAGGGUCUCUACAGCGUCGUCGAACAGGUCAUCACACGCACCGUCCCGCUCUGGAACAGAACACUCACAGCUCUUCAAGCGGAUGGCGGACGUGGGGAGCUCAACCCCGCUCGUAUACCAACGUAUAACGGCCCCUCAUACGGAGACGAAGAGGAGCCGGAGAUGGAGGAAGGCGAGGAUGAUGGUGACUACUCAGAUAGGCUGAGAGCUUGGAGGCGUUCUAACGUACUCAAGCCGGAGCCCGUAAUAUUCGACGCACUAGAAUUCGAAGAGAAGGCGGGUGUGGUGCUGGAGACUGACUUUGCGGAGAAGGGGUUACAGGUGAUCGUGAAGUUGGCUAAUAUUCAGCUUACGCCUGAGAAGCCGACCUACGAUGGCGGGAGCUGGCACGUCGAGGGUCAGCUUAACGAGCACAUCUGUGCAACUGCAAUCUACUACUACGAUUGCGAGAACAUCACCGACAGCCAUCUUUCUUUCCGUCAACAAUCUGACGCGGAUACCAUGGACUAUAACUAUGGACAGGACGAUCAUGAAUGGUUACAAGUCGUAUUUGGAUGCCAGAACGGAGAAUCCAGCGUUCAAGAGCUCGGCGACGUCCUCACGAAAGAAGGCCGCCUCAUCACCUUUCCCAACAUUCUUCAACACUGCGUCCAGCCCUUCCGUCUUGCCGACCCCACGAAACCAGGCCACCGCAAGAUCCUGGCGCUCUUCCUCGUCGAUCCUCAUAUCCAGAUCAUCUCGACGCAGAACGUACCCACUCAGAGGAGGGACUGGUGGACCGAGGAGCUGCAGUCAACGAAGAGCUUUGGGAAGUUGCCUAUCGAGGUGGGGAUGCAGAUCGGGAAUUUGGUAGAUGAUUGGCCGAUUGGGAUGGAGGAGGCGAAGAAGAUGAGGGAGGAGCUGAUGGAUGAGCGGAGGGCGUUCGUGGACAACAAUAAUUUCUGGUUUAGUUCGACGACCUUUUCUCUUUGCGAGCAUUGA